CUCAGCAGGAGAGGAAGGACGUAGAAGUCCAGCUGUACAGUCAGAACAAAGGAAAACAAUCAAGGCAAAGGAAUGAGCAAGAAUCAGAAAGAAGUGAAGAAAAUCCAGUCAGUUUAUCUGCAGAACUUGGAAAAACUAAACCAGGGGAUAAAGCCAGACAAGAAAAAUUGGAAACCAAAGGAAGGAGACUUUGCUGUGCAAACAGCGAUGGAAAAGCUGCGACAGCCUCCCAUAGCUGGAAAAGUAACCAAAAGCUCAGCACACACGCACAGAAUCAGCAGAGAUCUGACCUGCUCCAUCUGCUUGGAUCUUUUCAAGCAGCCAGUGUCCUUGCCCUGUGAUCACACCUUCUGCCAGGGGUGCAUUGAGGGCUACUGGACCGGUCCCCGGGGUCCCGGACAAGGAGGCACCGGCUCCUGCCCUCAGUGCAGGAAGGUGUAUCCUGGACAAAGCUACAGGCCCAACCGCAUAGUUGCCAACAUAGUGGAGAGCUACUGUCAGGGUCUGGAGGAGAGCGGGAGCGGGCCCUGCCUGCCAGAUGUUGGGGUAACAGAGAGGGUUCCUGCUCCAGUCCCACGCUGCAGCAGACACAGAGAGGAGCUGAAGCUUUACUGCGAGGAGGACCAGGAGCUGGUGUGUCUGGUGUGUGGUCUCUCCCAGGAGCACAGAAAUCAUACCAUGGUGUGUGUGCAGGAGGCUGAACAGAAGUACAGGGCGUCUCUGAACAGCUCCAUGGAUUCUCUGAAAGCUGAGCUCAACACGGCGCUGCAGUGUGACAGGGAAGCUGAGGAUGAGGUGAAAAAGCUAAAGGAGCACACCGCCGACCUGAAGCAGCGCAUCGAGGCCCAGUUCAGCGACCUGCACCAGUUCCUGUACCAGGAGGAGAAGCUGCUGCAGGUGAAGCUGAAGACGGAGGAGCGGCGAGAGCUGAUCCGAUUGGACGAGCACAAAGCGCUGCUUUGUGUGGAGAUCUCCCGUCUGCAGAGGGCUGUCCAUGAGAUAGAGGACAAACUGAAGGAGCAGGACCCGUUCACUCUGCUCCGGAGCAUCAAAGUCCUCCUCCAGAGGCCCUCGCUGAAAUUUGAGAAACCUGCGUUUACGCCGCCCAGUCUGUGCGAGGGUCGGUUUGCAGGGCCCCUGCAGUACAGGGUGUGGAAAUCCAUGAAAGGAAGCAUUUACCCAGUUCCAGCAGCCAUCACAUUUAACUCCAGCACGGCCAACCCUUGGCUCAGCUUGACCUCCUCCCUCACCUGUGUUCGCUACCAGACCUUUAACCACACCGUGCAGGACAACCCCUACAGGUUCAACGCUGCCCUGUCACUGCUCGGAAGCCAGGGCUUCACCCAUGGGCGCCACUACUGGGAGAUUGAAGUCUACAGCAGCACGGUCUGGACUGUAGGGGUGGCGCGAGAGUCUGUGCCCAGAAAGGGAGUCAUCAAAGCCCUCCCAGCCAAUGGCUUCUGGACUCUGUCCCUCUCUUAUGGGAUACAGUACAUGGCUGGCACUUCACCCCCAAAGGUCCUGUCGCUGGAGGAGCCACUGGCCAGGAUCGGAGUGUACCUGGACUACAAGAGGGGCCUGGUGUCCUUUUACAAUGCAGAGAGCAUGACGCACCUCUACACCUUCAGGGAGACCUUCAGGGAGACGCUGUACCCUUACUUCAACUUGGGUUUUCUGGAUAAAGUGCAUGAAAAUGAGCCCCUCAAAGUUUUCUUACCAAAGAUUUAAAAACUGUGACAAAAACACAAGUGAAGGGGGAAGAGAAGGAUAAAAAGUUAGCAAAAAUGAAAACCUAAAAAAAAUGCUUUCUAUUGAGAGUAGGAUACAAGAGUGGAUUUUUAAUUGUGAAAUGUACAUUAGAUGUUUUAUCUAUGUUGUAUCUGAUCUGAUGUUUGUUUUCCUAGGAUGGCGAAGGAAUUACCAGCCCUAGUCAGCCUCUGCUUGGCUUGUACACGUUGCCAUUGUUGGUUGGGUUGGUUAGGUUUAGGCAUGAGGAGUGAUGAUUGGUUAGGUUAGGGUAUGACUAUUAUGGUAAGCCAAACAGAGGCAGAGUAUAGGGCGGGUCAUUCCUUCCCCAUCCUGGAAAAAAAAAAAAAAUCAAUCCAGUAGAAACACAUGUCUGUUAAAGAGACCCUGUGGAGCUGCCAUGUAAACAAAUAAAAGUCACGUUUCUAUGUGUGCAGCUCGCAGUCUUAUUCCUGCCGGCAUAUCUUGGCAUGUUACUGCCACCUGUUGACCAGUGGACUAGUGUGACACCAUUGGUGGGAGCGCACACUGAUGCCGAAACAGAAUAGAAACCUGCUCAUACAAAAACUCCACAGGGAAUCUUUCUUUUGUUUCACACACUGUUCAGUUUGUAGACUGGAUCUACUGCCACAUGUUUCAUUUCAGAGGAGCUGUGCUUCAAUGACGAACGUGAAACCGUCUGGUCACCUGACUGUUGUGGGAUGAAUGCAGUGUGCUGAAUACAGCGUGCUAUUAUGUUUUAUUAAGUAUUUUUUAAUAACCCAAAAAUCUUUCUUGUGCAUGAUACAUUUAAUAUAUCCGUUAAUAUAUCUUUAUCACUGUAUACUGUGAUUUUUUUUAAACAAGUUGUCCAUUGCGUUUUAGUUGAUUACAUGGUGUCAUAUCACACUAAACAUCUUGGGAGAUGUUCAGCUCUUUGAGUGGAGCUGGUAGCAGAAGUCUAAUGAGUCAUACAGCAAAUAAAAGCAACUUGAGUUCAAUCGUCUCUUUCAUAUGAACAAAUGGUUUUAAUUUUGGAUAUCCACUUUGUGCCGUGGGCUGAUGCAAGUGCCACCCAGUAUCACGCAGAAUUAUAUGGGUUUUUU